GGCAGCUGCUGCGAGCGGCGAGCGCAGACUCUGCAGCACUGGCUUUGCGAUGGGACACCUGUGGCUCCUGGGAACCUGGGGUCUUUGGGCGUUGCUCCUGCGUGCCGCGGAUCCCCACACAGAUGACUCUGAAGUAAUCCCUAAAGUCAUGGAGGUACUACCUAAAUAUGGCAGCAUAAAUGGAGCAACAAGGCUGACUAUCAAAGGAGAAGGUUUCUCUCAAGCAAACCAAUUUGACUUUGGAGUUGAUAACGCUGAGCUGGGAAACAGUGUGCAAUUAGUUUCUUCUUUCCGGUCAAUUACUUGUGAUGUAGAAAAAGAUUCAAGUCAUUCAACUCAAAUUACAUGCUAUACUAGAGCAAUGCCGGAAGAUUCUUACACUGUUAGAGUCAGUGUGGAUGGGAUUCCUAUUGCAGAAAAUAACACCUGCAAAGGUCAUAUCAAUAGCUGGGCAUGCAGCUUUAAUGCAAAAAGUUUCAGAACCCCAACAAUAAUGAGUAUCACACCUUUAUCUGGAACUCCAGGUACACUAAUAACAAUCCAAGGCAGAAUCUUCACUGAUGUCUAUGGAAGUAAUACUGCACUAAGCUCAAAUGGGAAAAAUGUUAGAAUUUUGAGAGUUUAUAAUGGAGGAAUGCCCUGUGAGCUUCUCAUACCACAAUCUGAUAAUUUGUAUGGUCUAAAACUGGAUCAUCCGAAUGGAGACAUAGGCUCUAUGACUUGUAAGAUAACUGGAACUUACAUUGGUCAUCACAAUGUCAGCUUCAUUUUAGAUAGUGAUUAUGGAAGGAGUUUCCCACAGAAAAUGGCAUAUUUUGUUUCCUCUCUGAAUAAAAUUUCAAUGUUUCAAACAUAUGCAGAGGUCACUACAGUUUCACCUUCAAAAGGAAGCACUGGAGGUGGCACCACACUAACAAUAAGUGGGAGGUUCUUUGAUCAAACGGAUCUCCCAGUGAAAGUUCUAGUUGGAGGUCAAACCUGUGAUAUUCUGAAUAUCACAGAAAAUAGUAUAUAUUGCAAGACACCCCCCAAACCUCCUAUUCUCAAAACUGUAUAUCCAGGUGGGAGAGGUCUAAAACUUGAGGUAUGGAAUAACAGCCGGCCACUACAUCUUGAGGAGAUACUUGGAUAUAAUGAAAAAACGCCAGGGUAUAUGGGAGCCAGUUGGGUAGACUCAGCUUCCUAUGCCUGGCCCAUGGGACAAGAUACAUUUGUUGCACGCUUCAGUGGAUUUUUGGUGGCUCCAGAUUCUGAUGUUUAUAGAUUCUACAUCAAAGGUGAUGACCGUUAUGCCAUUUAUUUCAGCCAGACUGGACUUCCAGAAGAUAAGGUGAGGAUUGCUUAUCAUUCUGCCAAUGCCAACAGUUAUUUUUCCAGUCCAACGCAAAGAUCAGAUGAUAUUCAUCUUCAGAAAGGAAAAGAAUAUUAUAUUGAAAUCUUGCUGCAGGAGUAUAGAUUGAGUGCUUUUGUUGAUGUUGGACUAUACCAGUUUAGAAAUGUCUAUACUGAACAACAAACAAGAGAUGCAAUAAAUGAAGAACAAGUUAUCAAAUCCCAGUCAACAAUUAUCCAGGAAGUACAGGUUAUAACUUUGGAAAACUGGGAAACAACUAAUGCAACUAAUGAAGUCCAGAAGAUCACAGUAACCAGUCCCUGUGUGGGAGCUAAUUCAUGUUCAUUUCACCAAUACAGAUUGAUCUAUAACAUGGAAAAGACUAUCUUGUUACCUGCUGAUGCUUCUGGCUCCCUAAUGCAAUCAGCUUUGAAUGACCUCUGGUCUGUAAAACCAGACACAGUUCAAGUAAUAAGAAAAAGGAAUCUCCAGAGCUUUAUCUACACAAUAACCUUUGUAUCAACUAGAGGAGACUUUGAUCUGCUUGGUUAUGAAGUACUUGAAGGGAAUAAUGUCACACUGGAUAUUACAGAACAAACCAAAGGGAAACCCAGUUUGGAGACAUUCACACUGAACUGGGAUGGGAUUGCCUCAGUGCCUCUUACUCCAGCGUCAUCAGAAGUUGAAUUUCAGGCAGCAGUGGAAGAAAUGGUUAGCACUAAAUGUCCACCACAAAUUGCACAUUUUGAAGAAGGAUUUGUUGUGAAAUACUUCAGAGACUAUGAAACUUAUUUUGACCUGGAACAUAUUAAUAGAGGGCAGAAGACAGCUGAAACUGAUGCUUACUGUGGUCGUUAUUCCCUGAAAAAUCCAGCUGUUCUUUUUGACUCGACAGAUGUUAAGCCAAACAGAUCACCAUAUGGAAACAUUUUAUUAUUUCCUUAUAAUCAGUUAUGUUUAGCAUACAAAGGAUUCCUGAAAAAUUAUAUUGGUCUAAAAUUUCAGUACCAAGACAAUGGCAAGAUUACUAGAAGUGCUGAUAUACAAUUUACAUAUAACUUUGCUUAUGGAAACAAUUGGACUUACACUUGCAUAGAUCUUCUGGAUCUCAUACAAACCAAAUAUGAAGGAACAGAUUUUUCUCUUCAAAGGAUUAGUUUGCAGAAAGCAUCAGAAUCACAGUUCUUCUAUGUGGAUGUAGUAUACAUUGGACAGACAUCUACAAUCUCAACGUUGGUUGAAAUGCCAAAGAGAAGACUUCCAGCAUUAGCAAAUAAAGGUAUAUUUUUAAAGCACUUUCAGGUGAAUCAGAGCAAAAUUAAUGGAUCAACUAUAACAAUCCAAUAUUUUAUUAUCAUGACUUCAUAUAAUUGCAGUCAUAAUAUACCCCUGAUGGCUGUAAGCUUUGGACAGGUAAUCACAAAUGAGACAGAGAAUGAGUCUGUUUACAGAGGAAAAAAUUGGCCAGGGAAGUCAAAGAUUCAUAUUCAAAGAAUUCAAGAAGCUUCUCCACCUAUAAGUGGCACCUUUGACAUUUAUGCUUACGGACAUGUUCUCAAAGGCAUCCCUGCUGCUGUGUCAGCUGCAGAUUUGCAGUUUGCUCUCCAGAGCCUGGAAGAAGUAGGGCAAGUCUCAGUUACACAAGAGGGCACUUGUGCUGGAUACUCAUGGAGCAUCAAGUGGAGAAGCACAUGUGGAAGGCAGAAUCUUCUCCAGGUUAAUGAUUCCAAUAUCACUGGAGAAAAGGCUAAUGUGACAGUUGCAAAGGUAAGAGAAGGUGGCUUAUUCAGACGACACAUCCUGGGAGACCUUCUGCGCACACCCAGUCAAAAGCCACAGGUUCAAGUCUAUGUCAAUGGAAUUCCAUCUAAAUGUUCAGGUGACUGUAGGUUUACAUGGGAUCCCAUGAGUACUCCCCUAAUCUCCGCCACAAGUCCUUCUCAAGGAUCAUAUGAAGAUAGCACAAUUCUAACUAUAGCAGGCUCUGGAUUUUCUCCUAGCUCAGCUGUAUCAGUCUCAGUUGGACCAACUAGUUGUUCUCUUCUUUCUGUGAAUGAAAAUGAGAUCAAGUGCCAGAUUCUGAAUGGAAGUGCUGGACAUGUACCAGUUGCUGUGUCCAUAGCUGAUGUUGGACUAGCACAGAAUGUAGAGGGUGAAGGAUUCCACUUCAUUUAUGAGAGUCGGAUCUCACACAUCUGGCCUGAUUCUGGAAGCCUGGCAGGUGGUACUCUACUGACAGUAUCUGGAUUUGGCUUUAGUGAAAAUUCAAAGGUUUUAGUUGGAAAUGAAACCUGCAGUGUGACCGAAGGGAAUUUGAAUAAGAUAACUUGCAGAACACCAAAAAGAAUUGAGGGUACAGUUGAUAUUUCAGUUAUUACCAAUGGAUUUCAAACCACAGCAAAGGAUGUUUUCAGUUAUAAUUGUUUACAGACUCCAGUUAUAACUGAUUUUAGUCCAAAAGUACGAACAAUUCUAGGAGAUGUUAAUUUAACAAUUAAGGGUUAUAACUUUGGAAAUGAACUCACGCAAAACAUGGUGGUGUAUGUUGGAGGAAAACCCUGCCAGGUUCUUCACUGGAACUUCACAGAUAUUCGAUGCCUUUUGCCUACAUUGUCUCCUGGAAAGCAUGAUAUCCAUGUAGAAGUCAGAAAUUGGGGCUUUGCAUCAACAAGAGAUAAAUUAAAUGCUUCAAUUUGGUAUAUUUUGAAAGUGACCAACAUGUUUCCACAGAGAGGCUCCUUGUAUGGUGGGACUGAAAUCACUGUACUGGGUUUUGGGUUCAGCACCAUACCAAUGAAGAAUACGGUCCUCUUAGGAUCCUUUCCAUGCAAUGUUACAUCAUCAUCAGAAAAUGUCAUAAAAUGUAUUCUUCAUUCAACAGGGAAUGUAUUCAGAAUUACCAACAAUGGGGAAGAUUUAGUACAUGGAUUAGGCUACGCUUGGUCACCAUCAGUCUUAAACGUGUCUGUAGGAGACACAGUGACAUGGCAUUGGCAAGCACAUCCAUUUCUUAGGGGGAUAGGAUAUAGAGUUUUCUCUGUCUCCAGUCCUGGAAGUGUAAUUUAUGAUGGCAGAGGAUUUACAAAUGGAAGGCAAAAAUCUUUAUCAGGUUCAUUUUCUUACCAAUUUACUUCACCUGGAAUCCAUUAUUAUAGCAGUGGGUAUGUUGAUGAGGCUAACUCCACUUCCCUCCAAGGAGUCAUUAACGUUUUACCAGCCCAAACCAGGCAUAUUCCCCUGCACCUGUUUGUGGGUAGCACUGAAGCAACCUAUGCUCAGGGAGGACCGGAGAAUUUGCACUUAGAAAGCUCUGUGGCAGGCUGCCUAGCAACAGAACCCCUCUGUGGCCUGAACAAUAUCAAGGUUAAAAAUUCAAAUAGACCGUUUUUUGAGCUUUCAAGUUGUAAUUCACCAUCUAUAAGCAAUAUUACCCCAUCUACCGGAACAGUCAAUGAAUUGAUAACAAUUUCUGGGCAUGGCUUCAGUAAUCUCACAUGUGCUAAUAAGGUUACAAUUGGUAGUUACCCCUGUGUUGUAGAAAAAAGUAGUGAAAAUUCUAUUAUGUGUCAUAUUGACCCUCAAAACUCAAUGGAUGUUGGUAUCAGAGAAAUUGUCACUUUGAUUGUUUACAAUUUGGGCACUGCUAUCAACACACUGUCCAAGGAAUUUGACAGACGAUUUGUACUUUUGCCAAGCAUCGAUAUGGUGUUGCCAAGUGCAGGAUCAACUACUGGAAUGACAAGAGUGACCAUAAAGGGCUCUGGAUUCUCAGCUUCUUCUGCAGGUGUAGAAGUCUUUAUGGGUCAUUUCCCAUGUAAAGUUCUAACAGUGAAUUACACAGUCAUUGAAUGUGAAACAUCCCCUGCUCCCCAACAGCUUGUGCAUGUAGAUCUUCUAAUACAUGGAGUGCCUGCCCAAUGUCAGGGAAACUGCAGCUUUUCAUAUUCAGAAAGCAUCACUCCUUAUAUAACAGGAAUCUUCCCAAACUCUAUUGAAGGAUCUGUAAAUGUUCUUAUUGAAGGAGAAGGUUUGGGGACUGUUUUGGAGGAGAUUGCUGUUUUCAUUGGAAAUCAACAGUUCAGAGUCACACAUGUUAAUGAAAAGAACAUCACUGUUCUUAUGACUUCUCUCCCAGCUGGGCCUCAUUCUCUCAGCGUUGUGGUGGGAUCCAAGGGCUUGGCUCUGGGAAACCUGACUGUUAGCAGCCCUGCAGUAGCUUCUGUCUCACCAAAGUCUGGAAGCAUUGGUGGAGGGACCAUUUUGAGGAUCACAGGGAAUGGCUUUUAUCCUGGCAACACUACCGUUACUGUUGGGGAGCGCCCUUGUCAGAUUGUUUUUGUCAACUCCAGCGAGGUCUACUGCAGCACCCCACCAGGGAGAGCUGGAAAGGUUGAUCUGAAGAUCUUUGUCAAUGCCAUCACUUAUCCAUCUUUGUCAUUUAACUAUUCCCUGGAGGAUACACCAUUUCUCAGAGGGAUUGUUCCAGAUCGAGGUCUACCAGGAACUGAAAUUGAGAUCACUGGAUCUAACUUUGGUUUUGAUAUCUCAGAAAUUUCAGUGAUGCUUGGUGACAUUCAGUGCAAUGUAACCACGGUCAAUGACAGCAUGUUGCAGUGUGUUACUGGUGCCCAUGCUGGUGGCACUUUUCCUGUGCUGAUGCAUCAUAAGACUAAAGGUUCCGCCGUGUCCACUGUUGAAUUUGAGUACCCACUUCAUAUUCAGAAUAUUCAUCCAACUCAAGGGAGUUUUGGUGGUGGCCGAACCAUGACUGUAACAGGCACUGGGUUUAAUUCACAAAAUUCAAUUGUAUUGGUCUGUGGCUCAGAGUGUGCCAUCGACAGGCUGAGGUCUGAUUACACAACGUUAUUAUGUGAGAUUCCACCCCAUGAUGGCAGGGGACCUGAGCAAGCUUGUGAAGUGAGUGUGGUCAACGGGAAAGAUUCGUCGCUGUCCGUGACUCCGUUUACAUACAUGACCUCACUGACUCCGCUCAUCACUGAAAUAUCUCCCAGGAGAGGCAGCACAGCAGGGGGCACCAGACUCACAGUCAGGGGAUCAGGAUUCAGUGAAAAUACCCAGGAUGUUCACAUCACUAUAGCUGAAGCCAGAUGUAAUGUUGAGUUUUCCAACAGGACACACAUCUUCUGUACAACAGAGGCCCAUACUCCUUCAGGAUGGGCGCCAGUUCAUGUCAACAUCAGAGACAUCGGCAGGGCCACGCUGGAUAAUGCUGAUUUCCUAUAUGUUGAUGCUUGGUCCUCCAAUUACUCAUGGGGAGGAAAAUCUCCCCCAGAGGAAGGGUCACUUGCUAUUAUUACAAAAGGACAGAUCAUUUUAUUGGACCAAAGUACCCCUAUUCUGAAAAUGUUGCUUAUUCAGGGUGGAACUCUAAUAUUUGAUGAAGCUGACAUUGAACUCCAAGCAGAAAAUAUUCUAAUUACGGAUGGUGGUACUCUUCAGAUCGGGACAGAAGCAUCCCCCUUCCAGCACAAAGCAGUCAUUACCUUGCAUGGGCACCUGAGAUCUCCUGAGCUCCCUGUGUAUGGGGCCAAAACACUGGCUGUGCGUGAGGGAGUCCUGGAUCUGCAUGGUCUGCCUGUUUCUGUGGUCUGGACACGUUUGGCUCACACUGCAAAGGCAGGGGAACGGAUUUUGAUUUUACAAGAAGCUGUGACAUGGAAGGAAGGAGAUAAGAUUGUAAUUGCAAGCACAGGACACAGACACAGUCAACGAGAGAAUGAAGAAAGAACCAUCGAAUCUGUAUCUACUGAUGGCAAAAACAUAACAAUAACUAAUCCACUGAAUUACACACACUUAGGAAUCACUGUCACACUCCCUGAUGGAACUCUGUUUGAAGCAAGGGCAGAAGUUGGAAUUCUUACAAGAAAUAUCUUAAUAAGAGGAUCUGAUAAUAUAGAGUGGAAUAACAAAAUCCCAGCAUGUCCUGAUGGGUUUGACACAGGUGAAUUUGCUACACAGACAUGCCUCCAAGGAAAGUUUGGAGAAGAAAUAGGAAGUGAUGAGUUUGGAGGCUGCAUUAUGUUUCAUGCUCCUUUACCUGAUUCUAACAUGGUAACCGGAAGAAUAGAAUAUGUGGAGGUAUUCCAUGCUGGCCAGGCUUUCCGGUUGGGGCGAUAUCCAAUACAUUGGCACCUACUUGGAGAUUUACAGUUUAAAUCUUAUGUAAGAGGUUGUGCAAUUCACCAAACCUAUAAUAGAGCUGUUACCAUCCAUAACACACAUCAUCUUCUGGUUGAGAGGAAUAUUAUAUAUGAUAUCAAGGGAGGAGCAUUUUUUAUAGAAGAUGGUAUUGAACAUGGCAACAUUCUGCAAUAUAACUUGGCAGUAUUUGUUCAGCAAAGUACUAGUCUUCUGAAUGAUGAUGUGACCCCGGCUGCAUUUUGGGUAACCAACCCAAACAACACCAUACGACACAAUGCAGCUGCUGGUGGUACUCAUUUUGGCUUUUGGUACCGAAUGAAUGACCACCCUGAUGGACCAUCUUAUGACCAGAAUAUUUGCCAAAAAAGAGUUCCUCUUGGAGAAUUCUUUAAUAAUACUGUUCAUUCUCAAGGUUGGUUUGGACUGUGGAUCUUUGAGGAAUAUUUCCCCAUGCAGACGGGAUCUUGUACUUCUUCAGUGCCAGUGCCUGCAAUUUUUAAUUCACUUACUACAUGGAAUUGUCAAAAAGGAGCUGAAUGGGUUAACGGAGGUGCCCUGCAGUUUCAUAACUUUGUGAUGGUAAACAAUUAUGAGGCUGGAAUUGAGACCAAGAGGAUCCUGGCUCCCUAUAUUGGAGGGUGGGGUGAAACUAAUGGAGCAGUGAUUAAAAGUGCCAAAAUUGUUGGUCAUCUUGAUGAACUGGGAAUGGGGUCUGCAUUUUGCACAUCAAAGGGCCUAGUGCUCCCAUUUAGUGAAGGCUUGACUGUAUCGUCAUUACAUUUUAUGAACUUUGACCGUCCCAAUUGUGUAGCUUUGGGAGUGACAUCCAUCACUGGUGUUUGUAAUGACAGAUGUGGAGGUUGGAGUGCAAAAUUUGUUGACAUUCAGUAUUUUUACACACCUAAUAAGGCUGGCUUUCGAUGGGAACAUGAGGCAGUACUGAUUGAUGUUGACGGUUCGCUUACAGGACACAAAGGGUACACGGUCAUCCCACACAGCUCAUUGCUAGACCCUUCACAUUGCAUUCAGGAAGACCAGUGGAGCAUCGGAUUCCCUGGAUCUGUUUGUGAUGCUUCAGUCAGCUUCCACCGUUUAGCAUUCAACAAACCUUCCCCAGUAUCUCUACUUGAAAAGGAUGUGGUUCUUUCAGACUCUUUUGGAACAAGCAUUGUUCCCUUUCAGAAGAAACGACUGACUCACAUGUCUGGGUGGAUGGCUCUGAUUCCAAAUGCAAAUCAUAUUAACUGGUAUUUUAAAGGUGUGGAUCAUGUAACCAACAUAUCAUAUACAUCAACAUUCUAUGGAUUUAAGGAAGAAGACUAUGUAAUUAUAUCGCAUAACUUCACUCAGAAUCCUGAUAUGUUUAAUGUUAUUGAUAUGAGAAAUGGUUCUUCAAAUCCACUGAACUGGAAUACUAGUAAGAAUGGAGACUGGCAUCUUGAAGCAAACACUAGUACUCUUUACUACUUGGUGUCAGGAAGACGUGACCUUCAUCCAAUUGAGCCCAUUUCUGGAACCUUGGAUCCUGAUGUGAAAGAUGUUACAAUUAAUUUCCAAGCUUACUGUUGUAUUCUCCAGGACUGCUUUCCUGUGCAUCCCCCCUCAAGAACCCCAACUCCCAGGAAGCGACCAGCCACUUAUAAUUUAUGGUCAAAUGAUUCUUUUUGGCAAUCAUCUCAAGAAAAUAAUUAUACCAUACCCUAUCCAGGAGCAAAUGUGGUUAUUCCUGAAGGAACAUGGAUUGUAGCUGACACAGAUAUGCCACCAAUGGAAAGGCUCAUUAUUUGGGGAGUUCUGGAACUGGAAGAUAAAUCCAAUGCAGGACCUGCAGGGCCUUCAUACAGAAGAGUUGUUUUGAAUGCUACCUACAUAUCAGUGCAGGGAGGUAGAUUAAUUGGUGGCUGGGAAGAUAACCCUUUUAAAGGAGAAUUACAGAUUAUUCUUCGAGGAAAUCAUUCUACCCCAGAAUGGGCUUUUCCAGAAGGACCAAAUCAAGGGGCAAAGGUCUUAGGGGUGUUUGGUGAGCUGGAUCUUCAUGGACAUCCACAUUCAAUAUAUAGAACUAAACUGUCAGAAACUGCAGAGGCAGGUUCCAAAGUCCUGUCUCUGGCCGAAGCUGUGGAUUGGCAGGAGGGAGAAGAGAUUGUGAUAACAACCACAAGCUAUGAUCUUCACCAGACAGAAACUAGAAGUAUUGUUAAAAUUCUGCAUGGAAACAAAAUUCUCAUCCUCAAUGAUACCCUUGCCUACACUCACCUUGCUGAAAGAUACCAAGUCCCUGGAACAGAUCAGAGCUACUCAUUAGCAGCUGAUGUUGGCAUACUAACUAGAAACAUCAAAAUAAUCGGUGAAGAUUACCCAGGUUGGAUAAAGGACUCUUUUGGUGCACGCAUCCUGGUCAGCUCAUUCACUGGAAAUAUGAUGACAUUUAAAGGAAAUGCAAGAAUAAGUAAUGUGGAAUUUUAUCACAGUGGUCAAGAUGGCUACAGGGAUAGCACCGAUCCAAGAUAUGCUGUAACGUUUCUUAACCUAGGACAGAUUGAAGACCAUGGCUCAUCUUACAUCCGAGGCUGUGCUUUUCACCAUGGCUUCUCCCCAGCGAUUGGUGUGUUCGGGACAGAUGGCUUAGACAUAGAUGACAACAUCAUUCACUUUACAGUUGGGGAAGGCAUAAGAAUAUGGGGGGAUGCCAACAGAGUCCGAGGAAAUUUGGUUGCACUUUCUAUUUGGCCAGGAACCUAUCAGAACAGAAAAGAUUUAAGUUCAACUCUUUGGCAUGCAGCUAUUGAGAUAAAUAAAGGGACCAAUACAGUCUUACAAAAUAAUGUAGUUGCUGGAUUUGGAAGAGCAGGAUACCGCAUUGAUGGUGAACCUUGCUCAAGAAAAUCUAAUCCCAUGGAAAACUGGUUUGGCAAUGAAGCCCAUGGAGGUUUAUAUGGCAUCUAUAUGAACCAAGAUGGUCUUCCUGGAUGUUCUCUUAUACAGGGAUUUACUAUUUGGACAUGCUGGGAUUAUGGAAUUUACUUUCAGACCACAGAGAGUGUGCGUAUCUAUAAUGUGACUCUGGUUGAUAAUGGAAUGGCUAUUUUUUCAAUGAUUUACAUGCCAGCUGCUGUUUCUCACAAAAUUUCCAGUAAAACGGUACAGGUUAAGAGCUCAUUAAUUGUUGGAAGUAGCCCUGAAUUUAAUUGUUCUGAUGUUCUAACUAAUGAUGAUCCCAAUAUUGAGCUCACUGCUGCACAUCGGAGUUCCAGACCUCCUUCAGGUGGAAGAAGUGGGAUUUGUUGGCCUACCUUUGCUUCAGCUCAUAACAUGUCACCCCGGAAGCCCCAUGCAGGGAUCAUGAGUUACAAUGCCAUCAGUGGCCUUUUGGAUGUCUCAGAUUCAACAUUCAUUGGAUUUAAGAAUGUUUGUUCAGGGGAAACUAAUGUGAUAUUCAUUACUAAUCCUUUAAAUGAGGAUUUACAACACCCAAUCCAUGUGAAGAAUAUUCAACUGGUUGAUACUAUUGAACAAUCCAAAAUAUUUAUACAUAGGCCUGACAUAAGUAAAGUGAAUCCAUCUGAUUGUGUAGACAUGGUUUGUGAUGCCAAAAGGAAAUCUUUUCUUAAAGAUAUAGAUGGCUCCUUUUUAGGGAAUUCUGGUUCAGUGAUACCUCAAGCAGAAUAUGAGUGGAAUGGAAAUAGUCAACUAGGAAUUGGAGACUACAGAAUUCCUAAGGUGAUGCUCACAUUUUUGAAUGGAAGUAGAAUUCCUAUCACUGAGAAAGCACCUUAUAAAGGAAUUAUUAGAGAUUCUACCUGUAAAUACAUUCCAGAAUGGCAGAGCUAUCAGUGCUUUGGUAUGGAAUAUGCAAUGAUGGUUAUUGAAAGCUUGGAUACUGACACAGAAACACGAAGACUUUCACCAGUGGCCAUCAUAAGCAGUGGUUAUGUUGAUCUCAUUAAUGGCCCCCAGGAUCAUGGCUGGUGUGCUGGAUACACAUGUCAGAGAAGACUGUCCCUGUUUCACAGCAUUGUGGCUCUAAACAAAUCUUAUGAAGUCUACUUCACUGGUACCAGUCCUCAGAAUCUUCGACUGAUGUUACUUAAUGUUGACCAAAAUAAGGCUGUUCUAGUAGGAAUUUUUUAUUCUACACUUCAGCGUUUGGAUGUGUAUGUGAACAAUUCAUUGGUUUGUCCCAAAAAUACAGUAUGGAACACCCAGCAAAAAUACUGCAAACUUAAUAAGCAUCUGCACACAGAGCAAUUCCUUCCUCACUUGGACUCCACUGUCCUGGGUGAAAACUACUUUGAUAGGACUUACCAAAUGCUUUACCUUUUGGUUAAAGGAAAUAUACCUGUUGAAAUCUACACUGCCACAGUCAUAUUUGUUUCUUUCCAACUACCUGCUAUAACAGAAGAUGACUUUUACAGUUCACAUAAUCUGGUUAGAAAUCUUGUCUUGUUCCUAAAAAUACCAAGUGACAAAAUCCGUGUCAGCAAAAUAUUAAGAGGGGAGAAUAUGCGGAGGAAGAGAUCCACGGGAGGCACAAUUGAACUGGAGAUUGGAGAUCCUCCCACUCAGUUCCUAAGCAAUGACACCACAGGUCAGAUGCAAUUAUAUGAACUCCAGGAAAUUGCUAGUUCUCUUGGAAAAGCCACAAUUUUAGGAAAAACCAGUAGUAUCUUGGGCUUUAAUAUUUCUUCUAUGUCUAUUACCAAUCCUAUCCCCAGCCCAAAAGAUCCUGGCUGGAUUAAGGUGACUGCCAAACCAGUUGAAAGGUCUGCGUUUCCUGUUCACCAUGUGGCUUUUGUGUCCUCACUCUUGGUGAUAGCCCAGCCAGUGGCAGCACAGCCAGGGCAGCCGUUCUCUCAGCAACCUUCAGUAAAGGCAGUCGAUUCUGAUGGUAAUUGUGUCUCAGUUGGGAUCACUUCACUUACUUUAAAGGCUAUGCUAAAGGACUCCAGUAAUAACCUAAUCAGUGGCCUUAGUGGUAAUACAACAAUUCCAUUUAGCAGCUGUUGGGCCAACUACACAGACCUUACUCCUCUUAGAACAGGAAAAAAUUUUAAGAUUGAAUUUCUCCUGGAUAACGUGGCUCGGGUAGAAUCCAGAACUUUUAGCCUGCUGGCACAACUUGUCCCUGGUGGCAGUGGCAGCAGCACUAGCAGUGGUGGCAGUGGCAGCAGCAGUAGCAGCAGCAGCACAACGUCAGCUAUGGCUACAUCUGCUCAGCUCUUGACAAUAGUCAUUAGCUUUCUGAUGGGAAGAAUGUUGUUCUUGGAAAUAUUUAUGGCUUCAGUUUUUAUUUGAAUGUAACUAUAGGAAGCAACUAUAGUGGUGUUCCAAAGCACAAGCUGAAAACAAAAAUACAAGAAUUGCUUGCUCAUGAGCUAUUUUGGUGCACAACAUGAAAAAACCUAUAACAUUUUCAAAAACAUAUGCUAAUGUAUUUUUAUAAUAUAUAAAAUGGAAUAGCUUUAAUUACAAAAAUCAGAUUUCUCCUAAAUAUACAUUUCUUUUGAUUCCUUA